CUAUUUUUAGGCAGCAAUUAAAUAUUUAUGUUUAAUAGCAAAAUAACAAACAAAAUGAUUAUAAUAAAUAGCCAUAUUAUUCUGUCAUAAGCGCGCAAAUUAAAAGUACAAUAAACGGGUUGUAUAAAAAAUUAUAAAUAAUAGUAGACGUACCUUAUUUAAUAUAGUUUAAUAAUAAUUAAUAAUAUUAAUUUAGUGUUUUAAUGACCCGCCAAUUUCACAGAUACAUAUAUAUUAUAUAUGAUAAAUGAUAUAGUAUGUAUUAAAACAAACAUUUAUCCGUUGGUUUUAUUAUGCUAGUAGUAUAUAAAAGCGAAAUACUUUUUAUCAAAAGUUGAUACAUACUCUGAUGAUAAACUUGAACUCUCUCAACAAAAAAACAUUAUUUUAAAUUAUUAUUAAUUGAAACGAAAUUUUAAUAUUUUAUAAUGCAAAAUUACGAAUAAUAAGCAUCAAGUAUGUAGGAAAAUAAUGUAAAAUGAACAUGAUAAUUAUUUAUUUAAAGAAAUAAAUAAUAAAUAAAAUAAAUGAUAACGCUUGCGCUCCUAGAUAGAUGAAUAUUUUGUGACGUAAAAUAUCGUAAGAGCGCAUGAACGAGGACACGCAAGUCUAUAACAGGUCCAUACGUAGUCCUGUGUAACGCGGCGCGCGGAUACGACGGCACCAUCGAGAUCAGUCGAGGAAAAUAUUUUAGAGACAAAAUCUAAUUAUAUACAUAUAUAAUAUAACAUGGUGAUUGUCAAUCCAUCAAUAAUCAUCCUAUUAUCCCUAAUAAAAUGAAUAGUACAAUAUAAUGUGGUGGUGGUGGUGGUGCCGCCGCCGCUGAUAAUAAUAUAGAUAUAUGUAUACAUACCAACAAGGUGAUGCGCAACAGGGAUAAAAGUAAAUGGAUGAUAACAUAAAAUAAGUAGAGAAGAAUAGGAUAAGGAUAUAGAAAAGGAAGGAAAGGAAAAAAACAAGCAGAAUGGGAAAAGGCGAUAAACGAGGUGUCGGCCAGCGUAACGAAGCUGUUAGCACGAGUAGUAAUUUAGUAGGAAAAUUUACACAAAGUGUACGAAGAAUAGUUCAAGACGUCAAGGACGAGGGAUCAUCGAGUGGUUUACCAAAGGAAGAUUUAAUUGAAACGAAUGAACGAUUGAGAACAGUGAGGGUAAGAUUAGAGACUAGUUAUGAAACGGCUAAACGUGCUUUAACUGAUUUGAUGGCUAAAUAUACUGACAGCAAACAAAUACGCAAUAUAUUCCAACGUUAUAAUAUUCUUAAAGUUAUAAUAAAGGAUGUUAUUAAAUUGGAAACUCAAUAUUGGAUUCUUGUUGAUAUACCACGACAAGAGAAACAAGAAACAGUGCCAGCAUUUGUACUGAGAGCAUGUGCUAUAAUGGAAAAAACGCAUAAAACUUGUGAAGGCAUUAAAAGUUUUGCUAAAUUUGCUGGAGAAGAUGCUGCCGAAAAUAAAAAGGAACGUAUCGAUCGCCUCGAAGAUAUGACAACAUCGCAGAUAGAAACUGAAAAUACUCAAAUGAUUAAUGAUCUUUAUCGAUUACUUAAAAAAUAUACUGGUUUAAGGAAUCUUAUUCGAGAUUUAAAGGUGGAAUACAACAGUUCAAAAGUUUAUCCUAUGUUUCCUCGUUACACGAUACUAAAAGACAUGAUCAAAGAUAUAAUGCAUAAUCCAUGCUACAUGGAAGUUUGCCAUGAAAAUUAAUAAACAACAACAAAAAUCAUAACACAUAAUAAUAAUAAUAUGAUUGAGAGAAUUUUGUAAGUGCAAUGCAGUUUUGCUUGACUUAAAUCACUACAUAUUCAUUACGUGAUAUUAUAUUUAUUAAUUAUUUUAAUUCGUAGUCUUAUUGCUAUUUAUUCGCACUAAUUAUUAGUGCUAUUGAUACGUAUAGUGCAUUUUUAAAAUAGUAUAAUAUAUUCAAGAAAAUUGAGAAAAAAAAAAAGAGAUUAAAUGAUAGUUGAUAGAAUUUUUAUGUCUAAAAUAUAUCGCAUUUUUUUAUUAUUAAUAUAAUAUAUAAUAGAUAGCUUUAUUUCAGAUAAAGUAUUAUUAUUUAAUGUCAUAGAUUUUUUUUAUUUCUUUUCAUUUGUUAACGUUUAGGUAUAAAAUUUAGUUGAACAUAUAUUAUUUUUUAGUUACGUAUUAUUAGAAAGAACUAUUUUCAAAUAAAUAUGUGCCAUUGUAUGUGUGAACUAGGCUUAGAUGCAUUUAAUUUUAUUUUUAUUUUGAUUCUAAUCAAAAUAAGAAAAGGAAUAAUAAAAUAAAAUCAAAAAUAAUAUUAAUAAUAAUAAUAAUAACAAUAAAUGUAAGUAUAUGGAUAUAAUUAUA